AUGGAGGGCGAGGUUGCACCAAGAGAGCUCACGCCGCCACCGAUUCAGGCGCCGACAGCUAAAGAGAAGAAGUAUGAUCGUCAGUUAAGACUAUGGGCCGCGGCAGGACAGCGAGCUCUUGAAGAGUCACAUGUUCUACUGGUCGUCGGUGAAGAUGAAGAAGGCUCAAGCAGCUCCGUUGCGGGCGCUGAGACGCUCAAGAACCUCAUUCUCCCAAGCAUCGGCAACUUCACGAUUGCAGACGCAGCGACGGUGAGAGACGAAGACCUUGGCGUGAACUUCUUCCUCGAAGACUCCAGCCUAGGCAAGUCGAGAGCAGAGGAGACGAAGCGCUUACUUGAAGAGCUCAAUCCAGAUGUCACAGGUCAUGCUAUCUCAGAGUCUCUGAGUGAGUGGCUGCCGAGGUAUGACUCCCUGAAGCCAUACAACCUGUUCAUCAUCUGUGGUGCCACUCAAGCGAUUCAUUCGAUCUGUACAUAUGCCUCGAAAUACGGCGUACCGGUCAUUCACAUCCAAUGCGUCGGAUUCUACGCUGCCUUCUCGAUACAGCUUCCGGAAGAAUUCCCUAUUGUUGAUACCCACCCUGAUCCGGAGACCACGCAAGAUCUUCGUUUGCUCCAACCUUGGAAGGAGCUCACAGACAUGGUGCAGGAGCUGGGUGACAUAAGCAAGAUGUCGAAUCACGAUCAUGGCCAUAUCCCCUACCUGGUAAUCCUCCUUUACUACCUGAAAGAAUGGCAGGAUACCCAUGACGGUCAAGCUCCGUCAACCUUCAAGGAAAAGACUGCGUUCAGAGAUUUCGUCCGGGACAAAGCAAGAACAUCGAAUCCUGAAGGCGGCGAGGAAAACUUCGACGAGGCCUGCGCUGCGGUGCUCAAGUCGAUCUCGGAGCCGCCCGUAGGCAGCGGCUGUAAAGACAUGUUUGCUCUAGACUCAUGUUCAUAUGCCAGUAUCACCGCCGAGUCAGCUAACUUCUGGGUGAUCGCUCAUUCGAUACGUCAAUUCUACGAGAAGCAUGGUGUCCUACCUCUGCCUGGCUCAGUACCAGACAUGAAGGCUACUAGUGAAGGGUACAUCAAACUGCAGAACAUCUACAAGAGCAAAGCUCGCAAAGACGUCGCGGAAGUCACCGAUACAGUUCGGUCUCUCGAGAAGUCGUUGUCUCGAGCUUCGCCUAUCGAUUCAGCAGAGAUAGAAGCGUUUUGCAAAAAUGCCAGCCAUGUUCGCGUCCUCACAAACCCGGGGAACAAGCCGCUACCAACAGCUCGCUUCAUGUUCAAAGCGUCGGUUGACCCGAUCGCCUACGUUGCUCUCAAAGCCGCCCUUGAGCUGGAUUUCAACGACAUGGUCCCCAUCUAUAUUGCCCUCAACCAACAAUAUCUCAGCCAAAAUGUCGAGUCAUGGACAUCUGACGAAGAGAAGCAAGGGCUUAUCGACAAAUGCACCGAGGAAGUUCGUCGUGCCAAGGGCGCAGAGAUGCACAACAUCAGCAGUGUCACAGGCGGGAUGGUGGCGCAGGAGGCUAUCAAACUGCUCACACGACAGUAUGUGCCUGUGGAAGGAGUUUGUGUGUUUGAUGGGAUCCGAGCCAAGGCGGGCGUGGUCUAA